AUGAAUAAGUUAUAUAUUGAAUCGAUAAAGACAUCAGCAGAAUUGAUACCUAUAGACAUUUAUUUUCUUCUUAAAAUAGGUGAACAUUGUUAAUUUUCAAACAUCUUAAGUGUACAUAUUACUAUUUAGAUAUAUUUUUUAGUUGUAAUAGCAAUCUUAAACAUGCAACAUGUGCAUUUAAUAUUAAGCUAGAGAAAAGUAACCAAUUUCUAUUGAAUGUUGGGCAUAUGAUUAACACUUAGUACCUAAAGCAUUCUUUGGUAAAGAGAAAUUGACAAAUACAACUCGCAAGAUCACAUUAGAUGGAAUGGAAAUUUAAAUUCGUCAAUCUUAAUAGGAAAGAAGCAGAACCCCAGAGAUCGCUAUGAAAAGAGAUGCUUCACCCUUUGGUAAAAGAGAUUUAACUCCAAAAAGAGAGAAAAAAUGA